CCGAAGGUGUUAAUUUAGGGGCCCCUGGGCCCUGACCUUAUUAGGUGUCGGCAGCAGAAACAUGAGGGCCCACAGCCUCCUCCUCCUGGUGGCCUUCCUGGCUUUGGGGAGCCAGCUGCCUGCUGCUUCAGGCAGGAGGAAGGGAGAGAAAUCUGGGGGAUGUCCACCGGACGAUGGGCCCUGCCUCCUGUCAGUGCCUGACCAGUGCAUAGAGGACAGCCAGUGUCCCUCAAAGAUGAAGUGCUGCUACAAAAGUUGCUUCCGCCAGUGUGUCCGUAUGGUCACAGGCCCGUGUGUUGCAGUAAAGCUGGGCACCUGCCCCGAGGACCGAUUCGACUGCCUCAGCCCCAUUCAGCACCUGUGUCACAAGGACUCAGAUUGCCGCGGCAACAGUCGCUGCUGCCCUGGCGCCUGCGGCCGGGACUGCCGAAACCCUGCCAGAGGCUAAUUCUGGUUUAGGAUCCACAGCUCUGAACCUUAGGAGGGGGUUCCCAGCUGGAAGAGAUGAUGACCAGGGGCUGGGACCCUACCACCCAGACAGCAAAUCUCUGCCGGCGACAGUUCCAACCUUUUGAUAAACACUGAUCUACUGUCACUUCCCCUGCAGCCCACCCACCCCUGGCUUUUCCUUCUGGGAGUCGCGGCUCCUAGUGAGACCUCAGAGGGGUUCCUCUCUGUACCACUGCUGCACCGAGCUUCUCAUCCUUCCCAACACCCACUUUCACAGCUCUCAGGACAUGUGUUUCUUCCACCUAAAAUGCUUAAUGCGGUUAGGUCUCUCCUUGUGGGGUCCUGACCCCUCCCCCAAGCAGCCCAACUACCCCGAAUGUAUGUUCUAGCAGUUUCCCAAACAUCAGUCUGUGCAUAUACCCCUUUCACU